AUGCGCAUAUGUGGCGAGGGCCUAUGAGGCAGGAGGAGAGGUACUUUUAUUAUUUAAAAUAAUUGCUCGGAUCGCCAGAGCUGUGGCAAACAAAGACCGCACGACUAAUGUUCGCGGCAGGAGCUUUGGUCUUUGAAGGUAAUCUGGAACCCGCUCCGACAGCGCCAAAAAUUAAUGGUUUGCGUGAAUGGUGCCAACUUUUGAUUACACGCAGAUUACAGGUGAAAUGACCAGCAACCGCAGCACGAUUGUCUGCUUCCGUGCUCGCAGUCUUUCGGUACCAAGUGUGGCGUCAUCUGGUGCUGGCUCAACGCGCCGAAGAACUGCCACAUAUGUAUAUACAUACGAAUUACGAAGGCAAUGUAGCAUAGUGGGGAGAGAUGAGCACACCAUCGAGCAAGCAGCCAAUCCUGUCCUCUCGUUAGCUGUGUGAAGAGCACGAAAUGCACUUGAGUUCGCAUAAGUACCUAGACCUACUCAGUCUAACCAGCGCAUAACGCAAGCAAUAAGCGAGUUACUAGUCUUGGCCAGCUCAGCUCAAUUGGUGCAGCAGUUAUAGAGUUCUCGCGGAAGAUCGCAGAAAGCCAUACAUCGCAAAAGUGUAGUGCGAUAUAGAUCUACAGCGUGACCUUGCAACUAAGCUCAGUGUGUCAGUGAGUGCAAACAGAGAUGUAAACAAGCGUGCACAGUCAUAGCUACAGUUGCUGCGCAGGAUGAAUCUGUCGUUCGCUGGCUGCGGCUUCCUCGGCAUUUACCACGUCGGCGUAGCCGUCUGCUUUAAAAAGUAUGCACCUCACUUGCUGCUCGACAAGAUCAGCGGUGCCUCGGCUGGGGCUAUCGCCGCUUGCUGCCUCCUCUGUGACCUUCCACUCGGUGAAAUGACCAGCAAUCUGUUGAAACUGGCAAGAGAUGCACGAAAACGUACCCUUGGUCCCUUUAGUCCGUCCUUCAAUGUACAGGAAGUCUUGCUUGACAGUUUGCAAAAGUUUCUGCCGGAGGAUGCGCACCUGCGCGUCAGCGGCAAGCUCCACAUCUCCCUGACCAGAGUCUACGAUGGCAAGAACGUUAUUGUGUCACAGUACGAUUCACGGCAGGACCUGCUGCAGGCCUUGCUCGCCAGCUCGUUUGUGCCGCUGUUUUGCGGACUGCUGCCGCCUCGGUUCCAUGGGAUCCGCUACAUGGACGGCGGCUUUAGCGAUAACCUGCCUACGCUCGACGAGAACACCAUCACCGUCAGCCCCUUCUGCGGCGAGAGCGACAUAUGCCCACGCGAUUUGUCCGCGCAACUCUUCCACGUGAACUUGGCCAACACGAGUAUCGAACUUUCUCGCCAGAACAUGUACAGGUUUGCCAGGAUUUUAUUCCCACCCAAUCCAGAGAUAUUGGCGAAUAUGUGUAAACAAGGAUUCGACGACGCUUUGAGAUUUUUGAACCGAAACAGUCUCAUCAACUGCGACCGCUGUCUUGCCGUGCAGUCGACUUUCGUCGUGUCCGAGACCAUCGAGGACAGUUCAGCAGAGUUCGAUCCUGAAUGCCUGGAGUGCAAAAUACACAGACAGGAAGCCUCGGUUGCCAAUUUGCCGGAAACGGUGAUGAUGAUCUUCCAAGAUGCCAUCGACUCGGCAAACAAAGGUCUGAUCAAUUGGCUCUUUAAGCACAAAAGCGUGAAACUCUUGUCUUUACUGAGUUUACCAUACACCUUACCCGCGGACGUUGUUUACGCUACGUUUACCAAAUUUAUCUUCAACAUGCCUAAACUUCAAAAAAGUCUUGUUCAAAUGACCCGAUACUUUUUGGAACAAUUAAGCCUGUCAUUUCCAAAAAUAAAUGUUUACUAUCAACCUGUGCCUCAGACAAUUAAUUGCCACCUUAAUAUUAUGGACUACCAAUCUGAUUUGUACGACGAUAAAUUAACGGAUAAGUCAGUGUACGAACACCAAAAAAGCGGAUUAAAUUUGACUCUGGCCUACGAUAAUGAGAAUAAUUGGCCGAUUUCGGAACCAUCCGCUAACUGCGUCAUAGAUGUGUCAACAAAUGCAGAACCAACCGCAAGGGAUGCAUUUGAUAUUUUGCAAGUCACAUCGGGUCAAGACGCUUUGACAGCAUAUUAUUAUAUUGAUGAUGACAGUAAAGCCUGUUUUUCAAGAAUGCUUGACGUCAAUAACAUGCAAAAAGAAUCAGAUAAAAUGCAUCCACUACGUGAAGAAAAUAACUUUGAAAUCUUAGAAUCCAACGAAAUGAGAUAGUCAAUUAAUUAAGCGAAGAAUAGUCAAUGAUAUAAGUAAUUUAAUUAUAUCUUUUUUUAUGAGCGCACUAUUCAUUGAUAAUUCAAUAAUGAAGAGCAAUUAUUGAACUUGGACGAGCUAGUAUACAAUUUCGAAAUAAUUAAAACUCGCCCAAUUAAUCUAAUCUAAAAUUUUAAAUGAAUACAGAUAUGCAGACAAUUUUUAUGCGCAAACGUAUAUUUAUGAAGUAAUUCAUUUUUUAGCAAAAUACCUACUAAGCGGGGAAUUUUUGCGCAAACAAAAUCUAGAAAAAUGGCUCGAUUUAGCUAAUUAAUCAUUUUUUACAAUGCAAUGAAUGGCCUAUACAGUAUUUACAAUUAUCUGUGAGCGGUGCAUGAAGAAAAACAUAUUUUUUUUACUUCAUACAGGUGUUUAAAACAUUGUAGUCAAAAAUUAUUUUUACAUGGACAACGAUUAUCUAGACUUAAUGAUAUACAAAUGAGAACUUUUUUAAGCAAUUUUUGAUGCGACAGGCAAACAUUUUAUAAUAUACUGUGCGUUGUCUAAUGCUAUACUGAGUCACACAGCCGGAUCUGGGUGUUU